UUUUAUAUAUGGCAGCCUGAGAUGUAAAUUUUUAAGCUUCGACAGUGCACAUUUUAUUAUUUUAUAAUUAAACGAAUAAUGAUAGAGAUGUGGAUUUUUAAUCAGUUUGUCACAAUGAAUUUACGGAUAUAUUGAAAUAAAAUUUGAAAGAAUUCGUUUUGUUUUUCGAAAGUUAUGGUGAUUACAAGAAGAGUGUUACAUGUAUUUUACAGGAUUUUUUUAUAAAAAAUUCAUUUUUUAUUUAAAUUGUGGGUUGGACCAGCUGUUUAUUGUUUAGACAAAUGACCAUUGAUGUUUUCUUUAAUUGUGGUAUGAAGGCUGACCUACUUUAACCACUUUAUUAUUAUUUAUUUGAAAAAAACUCUGACGGAACCCAGUUUUUAAUUUUUAGGCGAGAGUAGAGCAUACCUACGCUCGCGCUUAAGGCAUGCAAAAUAACUGAGUAUGAAUGUAACUGACAGCAACGCCAUCUUUUAACUUGUAGAGUUAAAAUCAUCAGUAAUGUCUCAAUUAAAAAAAUAAAAAAGUAAAUACGAAGUAAAUUAAUCACAUAAAUUAAAUAUUUACUUUAUCAAUAAAUUUAUUAAUUUAGAGUAUGACUGAAGAUAACAAACGUGGUGGGGAUUUAGUAAAAAUACCUUUCAUGUCAAGUGUAAAAGCAAACGUCCUAGAAUGUCGAUUGUGUGAGGAAGUAUUUUCAGUAGAUGGUGGCAAAGUACCCCGACUUCUUCAGUGUGGACAUACAAUUUGUCACACUUGUUUGCUGAGACUUCAACCCUGUAUGCUGGACCUGUCAUUUCUGCUGUGUCCAUUUGACAGACAGCCAACGGCAGUAACUCAUGAAGGGGUUUACAGUUUGAAAAAAAAUUUUGCGCUCAUUGAAUUGCUAGAGCGAUUGGAGCAAUCGAAUGUUGAAAAGUCACUGGUACUAGAAAAAGAACGUUCCCAGUCAACGCAAUCCUGUGAUGAAGAUGAGUCUCAUUUAGCAGUUCUCUACUGCACAAUUUGUUCGUCACACUUGUGUGAGUCUUGUGAUAUUCUUACGCACUCGUCUAAAACACUUGGUAAGCAUAGACGAGUCCCGUUGUCGGAGAAGCCAAAGGAGAAACCCAAGUGUCCAAUUCACACGACACACAUCGCCGAGUUUACUUGUGUUCAAGAAGGCUGUCAUAAUGCGCUCAUGUGUUAUUUGUGUAAAGACUAUGGUCGUCACAGUGCACACAAACCUGCGCUGCUUGAAAUAGAGGCGGAAAAUGUGAGGAAGUCAAUUGUCGGAGCUCUCCAGCGGAUGACACAAUUUAUGGAAAAUAUGCGAGACACUGCGCAUAAGAUUGAAAUUGUCAUCCAGGAGUUGGAGGGCUGGGCUAUCGAUGACGCUCGACAUAAAGUUAGACAGCACUUUGAGGAACUGAGAACUCAAUUGGCUGAGCAAGAAAAAAUUGCCCAGAGUUGUGUUGAUAAAGAGACACGAGGAAGACUGUGUGCUUUGAGGCAGCAGCAAAAAGAUUUGACUACUACACGUUCUCAGGUUGCUGAUGUAUGCAUCCAGUGCGAAAGUAUUCUUGAUUCUGAAGACUGGAAGCUAUUGAGUGGAGCUGAGAAAGUUAAAAAUGUACUGGCUUCUCUGGAACAGCAGCAGCAAAAUUACAAUCAGCUUGGACCUGAUUUUCUUACCCCCGAGUCUUCGAUACCGAUUAUAUUUAGCAGGGAUAACAGAGUUCAUAUUGGAACAAAAAUCGACAUGCGGGUGGUGAUACUCGGGCUCGAUGGCUCGGGAAAAACUAGUAUCCUGUCUGCGAUGCGAGGAUUAACUUUAUCAAGUCCUCCGAUACCUACCAUAGGUUUCAAUGUCGAGAGUCUUGAGUACGAGAAUUUAGUUGUCACCUUUUGGGACGUCGGAGGACAGCAUAAAUUUCGGCCACUCUGGAAGCAUUAUUAUCACGACGCACAGGCUGUUAUAUUUGUCGUUGACUCUAGUGAUAGAUCACGUUUUGAAGAAGCGCAAAAAGAAUUGUCAAAAAUAGUCAGCAAAAAAGAACUUAAAGAUGCACUGUUUCUUAUUUUUGCCAACAAACAGGAUGUCGAAGGCUGUACCACGACUGAAGAAUUAACGGACAUUCUGUCCCUACAAAAAUUGUGCUGUGGCAGAGUUUGGCACAUACAAGGCGCGUCACCAAUACUUGAUGCCAAUACCGCAAUCCAGGGGUUGCAAUGGCUAACUCAACAACUCGGUGCACAUGAAGCUCUCUGUACUGGUUCAACAGUAUAAUAAUUAUUGUUUAAUUUAUUAAUUUAAGCCAAAGUUAUGUUUUGUAAGACUUUUGUAUUUCUAGAUCACUGAUCAUUGUUGAUUAUUUUAAUUAUUUAUUGUUAUAUCAGAGAUUAUAGUUAACUUAUAGUAGGAAUUAGCAGAACCUCAGAGUUGAUACUCUAAAUAUAUGAAAAAUGGUUCAAUAUAUAUAUAAAUAUGUUUUAAAACUUUUUCUUACUCAAAAUUUGCUCAUAUAAAAUCCUAAGUGAGCUUUUUUUUUAUUAUCAAAAUUACAAAAGUUCAAAAAAAGUUCCACUCGAAGUUCUCAUUUCUCGUUUCGAAACUCCACAUGUUGAACUUUUUGGAACGAAUUUUUUUUACACGGGAUUUCGAAGCAUCAACUUUGGAAGGUGACACGCUUAGAUAUCCGUGGAAAAAAUAUCCAUCAGACAAAAUAUACGCGGAGACAAAAUAUCCGUAAAGAAUUUCAAUUAAUUAAAUAUUUUAUUUAAUAAUAAUUUUAUUGCACACAAAAAAUUGGUGAAAAAAUGGCGCUAUCUUUCACACCAUUUUAUGUGUGGGUAUAUUUUUGUAAUUGCAAACACACAAAAUUCGUGAAAAAAGAGCGCUGUGUUUCCCACCUAUUUAUGUAUGUAUCAAUCAAUAUAAUAACUUUUUUCUACUGGUAUUUUAACUAUGAAAAUUUUGAUCUGAUGAACUCAUCCUUUUGUUACGUCAAUUUUCAGGAUAUUCUGUCCGUAGAUUUUUUAUUACGCAACCACUUCAGAAGUUUGGUAAUGAGGAAUGAAGAUUAAAAAAAAAAAAUAACUGGUUAUCUAGAAAAGUUUUUUUAUUACUUAAAUGAUGAUUAUUGAGUGUUAUAAUUUGGUGGUGUUUACACCGCGUUCGAUAAAAAUUAUUAAUUAUAUAAACCAAUAAUCAUUCAAUCAAUCAUUAAUCACAUUAUUUCAUUUACACUUUUUCAAUCACUCUUCCAGAAUUAUAAAAUGAUUCAAUUAGCGGAUCGUAAAUAAUAAAUUGUACGGAGAAUGACCUACAUACUUACAUAUAUAAUAUUUAUAUAAUAAUAUAUUUAUAUAGCGAUAUUAAAUUAAUUAAUAUUUUUAUUUAAUUAUUACUUCAAAUUAUUUAUCUUUU